GAUCGUGAAAAUCCCUUUGCCGAUGAUGUGUACGUUCACGGUUUUGGAGCGAAUAACCGACGUGACGAGCAAAUGGACGUUGCUCUCGCUUUUGCCAAUGUUUGGACACGCUGUGUCCAGUAAUCUCAUUCAGAAGUUACUGGCAGCUGUGCGGGAACGUCACGAAAGAAAUCGACAACAGGGACAACAACUGGGUGUUCCAGAGAGAACCGGUGUACCAGCCAAUCUCGAUCAUGCGACGAAAAAGGGACGAAAGAAAGAAGGAAGAAAAUUCAAGCGGAUCGGAGAGUGUCGAGUUCUAACCGGUCGACACACGCCGGUUGAUGUUACAAAAUCUGGAGCGAUUAUAACUGGCAACGGGCUGGCUUGGCUGUUGGCUGGCCAGGUCCGAGAGAAAGAGGGAAGACAAAAGAGCAAGAAGCGCGUUGUAACGAUAGAGAAAAAGAGAAAGAGAGAAAGAGAGAAAGAGAGAGAAGGAACUGCGAAUCCAUGCCAGCAUCCGAUCGUGAUCCUGAGGGACGUUGCCUCGUCGGAUAUGGAGUCGUUGCUGCGUUUCAUGUACCACGGCGAGGUUCACGUGGGACAGGAGCAGCUGGCCGCUUUCCUCAAGACGGCGCAGAUGCUUCAGGUUCGGGGGUUGGCCGACGUGAACAGCGGCGCCGCCACUGCGAAGAUUCCGCCGUCCACGUCCUCCGGUGGAAACAACGGUAGUGCACCGCGGGGUGACUUUUCAUCCUCCGUGGAUGUUGAAUUUCGCGUUAAUUUCGAGUGUAAUCGAGCGACGAUCAAUCGGUCCCCACAGGCCACGCCACGCAAUCCCUGGCAAGACAAUGGCAGGGGAGAGUUGAACGAGGGUGCUCUGAGUCCUCCGCCAGAGAAAAGACCUCGAAGCUACAGUCCGCCUUUGGGUAACCACGUGGAGCAAAAAACUGACCUGCAGGAAUCGCUCUUGGGGCAGGCUCUGGAAGGAGGACCCACGAUACACACCACACCUACGAACAAUGUACAGACGCAGUCUACUGGCGAGGACUCGAACUCGAUGUCGGACAACGAGGAGGAGAUGUCGAAUAACGACAGUAUCCUGAAUUCCGUGAAAACCGAGCCGAGCGAUAUCCUAAACGACAAUAUAGAGCAUCAUCGUAACUCAUUCCCGACGAUCUUGGGAUUGCCAGGGCGAUGGCAGCCCUCUGGAGGAGACGGUUCAAGCUCGAGUUCCGGUUGGUUGCCGGGUACGUCCUCCGCGAGGAACGACCACACGACCGGGUCUGGAACUUACCAGAGCGGAGUGCACAACUCGAAAGGUCAGGACCUGUCGUCUCUGCUCCAGCAGCAUCAUCAUCACCAUCACCUCCACGCCACCAGCCAAGCGUCGCAGCAACACGCUCUAAAUGCCUUGAACUCGCUCAACUCCCUGAACAGCCUGAAUACCGAGCAGCUGACGAUGAUGCAUCAGAAGCUGCAGAACAACCUGCAAACGUUGCAGCAACAACAGCAACAGACCGCCACCGCGAAAAACGAGUUGAAUCUGAUGCUGCAGUCGUGCGCCAAGGAGAAGAUCCAAGAGAGUAUGGCCUUGUUCCAUCAGCAGACCCAUCGCCGCUUUCAUCAGCAACCGCACGCGCAUCAGACCGACAACGCGAACCAAUCCAGCAAGCCCAAGUGUCCAGAGUGCGGCAAGAUUUACUCGAACAAUUCGAAUCUCAAGCAGCACAUCGUCAACAUACACCUUCUGUCGAUGCACGGUAUCCGCAAACGCAAGAGCUACCCGUUGUAUCAGAUGCAGACGCAGAUACAACAGACGCAGCAGCAACAAUCGUCGGGUGGUCAAGCGUCCGGCGGUCAACAGUCGCAGCAGCAAUAUCCGGCGCCGGAAAGAUGGCCGAACGAGGACAAACAG